AUUAUUUACAACAUAUUUUACUGCUUGUUAGAGAGUUCUACGUAAUAAUGGGGUAGAUGUUAAUUCGUCUAAUUCGAAGCUUCUCUCUCUAAGGUGUAAUUUUGGGAGAGAUAUGGAAGGGUUUUAUGGCAGUACUGUUGAUCAGAUCGAACAUAUUGUAACAAGCACAGGGAACACUUCUAUGUUCUGUGGUCCACUGUUUGAUGAUGGUGGUGGUGGUGGUGGUGGUGAUGAUCAUGACGAUAAUGAUCAGGGGCUUAAGUUUGAAAAAAUGGCCUCGGAUUCAGAGAAUACCUCGGAUCUGAUCAAGAUCCAGAUAGCCAAACACCCUGGUUAUCCUGAUUUAGUCGCUGCAUACAUUGAAUGCCAAAAGGUUGGUGCACCACCGGAGAAGGUGUCACUUCUUGAAGAAAUCAGGCGAGAGAACCACACCUUAGGCUUAGGCGCCGGAAGCAGCAGUCAAAUAGGAGCUGAUCCAGAACUCGACAAUUUCAUGGAAUCGUACCGUGAGAUUCUUCAAAGAUUCAGGGAGGAACUAUCCAAGCAGUUUAAUGAAGCAACCGUGUUCGUUAGCAACAUUCAGUCGCAACUCAACAAUCUUUGUGAAGGAGCAUUUACCAAAAUCUUGGAUGAUCACUCUGAUCAUGAAGCGGCCGGAACAGAUUCGGAUGAUCAGAAGGAGAUUAUGGCGCCUUAUGGGGAAGUUGACAAUGAAUUAGAACGUCCGGAAAGCUGUGAGCAGGAUAGUUAUGGUGUGGGUGUUGUAGGUGAGCAAGCAGCAGACAUCAAAGAAAUGCUACUGAGGAAGUACAGCGGCUAUCUUACCAUGUUGAAGACUGAAUUUCUCAAGAAAAGAAAGAAAGUUGAGCUUCCAAAGCCUGCAAGGGCAACUCUUCUAGAAUGGCGGAACGAUCAUCACAUGUGGCCUUAUCCUUCGGCCCUCCAACUCCUCCGAACGAAGCCGCAAUUGCCAGUCGAAGUUCUGAAAACAAACAAAAUUUCUGAUCGCGGUAUCUCCUCUGUUCGACAUCCAAUCAAGCGGCCAUUUUUGACACCACCAGUGCCAUUGGACUCAGAGAAUGACGUAGAGCAAGAAGCAACCCUCAGCUGCCCAAAUCCACUGUCGUUUGCAGGAGAUCGGAGCUCGCCGUCGUCGCCGUUUGGGCGGAGGGUGUUAGAUUUAGAAUUUUAUGAAAUUGACUACACCAUUGAUCUAAUAAGGGUCGAUUUAGGAGGAGUAGAACCCAAGUCCACCGCGGAAAUAUGCUCCAGUAACUUCGCCGCUACCGGUGGCUGGAUUCCGGCGAGUCUCAGUUCUUGA